UUCCUCUUUCGUCAGCUCGGCUCCCGCUCGGACGCGUUGCGGGCGCCUUUCCCCAGAGAUUCCAAAGCCACCCCCAAAAUCCAUCCAGCCAGCACUCCCAGCAGUCGAUCGCGUCUCCUCUGCGAGCAUUGGACUGUUCCGGGAGCCGCGCUGGAAAGCGGCUUCCGAUUGGGUCGGCGAUGAGGGGCGGCGCCGCCCCGGGCCACCAGCGAUGGAGCGGCUCGGCGGGGACAACGCCGCGGUCGCUCAGCACGGGCUCCUCGCCGCGGGGCUCCGAGCGCAGCUCCGACGACGGGGAGGAGCUGGUCGAGGUUACGCUCGACCUGCAGGAGGACGACACCAUCAUUCUGCGGAGCGUCGAGCCGGCCGCGGCGGGGGCCGCCAACGGGCUGCCGCUGGGCGCGCGCGGGGACCAUGCGGGCGGCGCGUCGUCGUCGUCGCGGUCACGGUCGCCGUCGAUCAGGCGGACCUCGUCGCACCGGCUGCUGCAGUUCUCGCAGGAGCUCAAGGCGGAGGCCAUGUCCAUCGCGCGCCAGUUCUCGCAGGACCUCACCAAGCGCUUCGGCCGCACCCAGAGCCGCGCGGAAGGGCAGGGGCAGCAGCAGCAGCAGCCGUCGUCAGGCAUCGAGUCGGCCCUCGCUGCCCGCGCCGCGCGGCGGCAGCGCGCGCAGCUCGACCGCACGCGCUCCGGCGCGCACAAGGCGCUCCGCGGUCUCCGCUUCAUCAGCAGCAACAAGGCCAACAACGCCUGGAUGGAGGUGCAGGCCAACUUCGACCGCCUCGCCUGCGACGGCUUCCUCUCCCGCUCCGACUUCGCGGAAUGCAUUGGGAUGACGGAAUCGAAAGAGUUCGCGCUCGAGCUGUUUGACACAUUGAGCCGCCGCCGUCAGAUGCAGGUCGACAAAAUCAACAAGGAGGAGCUGCGCGAGAUCUGGCAGCAGAUCACGGACAACAGCUUCGAUUCUCGCCUCCAGAUCUUCUUCGACAUGGUGGAUAAGAACGCGGACGGCCGGAUUGGGGAGGAGGAGGUGAAAGAGAUUAUCAUGUUAAGUGCAUCUGCCAACAAGCUGUCCAGGCUUAAGGAGCAAGCUGAAGAGUAUGCCGCCCUGAUCAUGGAGGAGCUUGAUCCUGAAGGACUUGGCUACAUUGAGUUGUGGCAGUUGGAGACCCUUCUGUUGCAGAAGGAUACCUACAUGAACUACAGUCAGGCGCUAAGUUAUACAAGCCAAGCACUAAGUCAGAACCUAGCAGGCUUAAGGAAAAAGAGUCCAAUUCGCAAGAUAAGUACCACAUUGAGUUACUACUUGGAGGAUAAUUGGAAACGCCUAUGGGUGCUUGCAUUAUGGAUUGGAAUAAUGGCUGGACUGUUCACUUGGAAGUUCAUGCAGUAUCGCAACAGGUAUGUCUUUAAUGUGAUGGGCUACUGCGUGACCACUGCAAAAGGCGCUGCUGAAACCCUGAAGCUGAACAUGGCAAUUAUCCUCCUCCCAGUAUGCCGUAACACCAUUACUUGGUUGAGAAAUACAAGGGCUGCACGGGCAUUACCAUUUGAUGAUAAUAUAAACUUCCACAAGACUAUUGCAGCAGCAAUCGUUGUUGGUAUAAUCCUCCAUGCAGGGAAUCACCUUGUGUGUGAUUUUCCACGACUUAUAAAUUCAUCAAAUGAGAAGUAUGCUCCUCUGGGCCAGUACUUCGGUGAAACAAAGCCAACAUACUUUAGAUUGGUCAAAGGAGUGGAAGGCAUCACUGGUGUAAUUAUGGUUAUAUGUAUGAUUAUUGCUUUCACUUUAGCAACACGGUGGUUCCGCCGUAGCCUGGUGAAGCUUCCAAAACCAUUUGACAAACUGACUGGCUUCAAUGCCUUCUGGUACUCUCAUCACUUAUUCAUAAUUGUGUAUUUGGCUCUCGUUGUUCAUGGCCAGUUCCUGUACCUCAUUCAUGACUGGUACCGAAAAACGACAUGGAUGUAUCUGGCAGUGCCUGUUUGCUUGUAUGCAGGGGAGAGGGUGCUGAGGUUCUUCAGGUCUGGCAGUUAUUCUGUCAGGCUAUUGAAGGUGGCCAUAUAUCCUGGUAAUGUGUUGACACUGCAAAUGUCCAAGCCUCCUGCUUUCCGAUACAAGAGUGGGCAAUAUAUGUUUGUUCAAUGUCCAGCAGUGUCACCCUUUGAAUGGCAUCCGUUCUCAAUUACUUCAGCGCCUGGGGAUGAUUAUCUCAGCAUUCAUGUUCGACAACUUGGUGACUGGACACGAGAGCUGAAGAGGGUUUUUGCAGCAGCUUGUGAACCCCCAGUGGGUGGUAAAAGUGGCCUUCUUAGAGCAGAUGAGACAACCAAGAAAGCCUUACCAAAACUUCUGAUUGAUGGACCUUAUGGUUCUCCUGCUCAGGAUUACAGCAAGUAUGAUGUUCUUCUACUUGUUGGAUUAGGAAUUGGUGCAACUCCUUUUAUCAGCAUACUGAAAGAUCUUCUUAAUAAUAUCAUAAGGAUGGAGGAAGAGGAGGAUGCUUCCACUGAUCUUUAUCCUCCAGUUGGUCCGAAUAAGCCGCACAUUGAUCUGAGCACACUUAUGACGGUAACAUCAAGACCAAAGAGGGUUCUAAGGACCACAAACGCUUACUUUUAUUGGGUUACACGUGAGCAAGGUUCUUUUGAUUGGUUCAAGGGAGUCAUGAAUGAGAUUGCUGAACUGGACCAAAGGAAUAUCAUUGAGAUGCAUAACUACCUCACGAGUGUUUAUGAGGAAGGGGAUGCUCGGUCAGCGCUCAUCACCAUGCUUCAAGCUUUGAACCAUGCAAAGAAUGGUGUUGACAUUGUCUCUGGAACUAAAGUCCGGACACACUUUGCAAGACCAAAUUGGAAAAAAGUCCUAUCUAAAAUUGCCUCCAAGCAUCCACAUGCCAAGAUAGGUGUAUUCUACUGUGGAGCUCCAGUUCUUGCACAAGAACUAAACAAACUGUGCCACGAAUUCAAUGGGAAAAGCACAACGAAAUUUGAGUUCCACAAGGAGCAUUUCUGAAUUCCAGUAAAUACUUGGUGGGCAGAAAGGAUAUAUUAUGUAUGUGUACAGCAUUUUUGUCUUGGCAUAUUCAUCUGGAGUUCUAGACGAAGGACAUAAGAGGAAAAGUGGAGAAGCUACCAUCAAAAUAAAUGCUUAACAGCUGACGCCCUGCACUUUUUGCUAACUGCUCCUAAAUGAGCCAGAGCAAAAAACAAGGGGGAUUUUUGUGUACAUAUGCAUGUGAUGUCCAAUCGUCCAUCAUCAGAUUGGACCCCCCCCCCCCCCCCCCCCCCCCCAACACACACACACACAAUGCCUGAACUGUGAAGAAAUUCCUCCCAGGUGGUCACCAAUGUACAAAGCAAAGCACACACGAAGAGGUUUAGUAGUUGGGAUUGUCGGUAGCAUGGUAUUCGUAUAGGACAUAGGAGGGAUACCACUAGUCACAACUCACAAGGCUAUUUAAUUGUAUAUUUUUCAUGCAGCUCAUGCCCUGCACUUUCUGCUGGUGGCCAAGGAGGCAAGGCCAGAAGCAUUUUUUUUCCCUAUUUGUACCCGCAUACAGAAAAAGCAAAACAAAAAGAGAUGAAAGGAAAAAUAGCAUUUUAGCACACUUCUGCGUCCCUCGGUUUAUUAUUAUCCCUACGGUGCUUCUCGGGAGAAGAGGUGGAAUAAAAUUAUUGUCUUUUCGCCAGAGAGCAAAA